AUGGCCGCCGCCGCCGCCACCUCCUCCCACCUGCUCCUUCUCUCCCGCCAGCACGCGGCCUCCCUCCGAUGCCGCCUCUCCUUCCUCGGCCAGUCCAGAAGGCCCGCCGGCAGGGUCACAGCCCAGCAGACGCCGGCCGCUCACGUUCGGUGCAUGGCGGCCGUGGACACUGCUGCGUCCGCGGCGACGGAGACGACGAGCCCGAAGUCGAGCAGCUACGAGAUCGUGACGCUGACGACGUGGCUGCUGCAGCAGGAGCGGACCGGUGCGAUCGACAACGAGAUGACCAUCGUGCUGGCCAGCAUAUCCACGGCGUGCAAGCAGAUCGCCGCGCUGGUGCAGCGCGCGCCCAUCUCCAACCUCACGGGCGUCCAGGGCGCCGUCAACGUGCAGGGCGAGGACCAGAAGAAGCUCGAUGUCGUCUCCAACGAGGUGUUCUCUAACUGCCUCAAGUCGAGCGGGCGCACCGGCGUGAUCGCUUCGGAGGAGGAGGACGUGCCAGUAGCGGUGGAGCAGAGCUACUCCGGCAACUACAUCGUCGUGUUCGACCCUCUCGAUGGCUCCUCUAACAUCGACGCCGCCGUCUCCACCGGCUCCAUCUUCGGCAUCUACGCCCCCAAUGACGAGUGCCUCGCCAACGUCGAGGACAAUGAGACCCUUGACUCGGUGGAGCAGAGGUGCAUUGUGAGCGUGUGCCAGCCGGGGAGCAACCUGCUGGCCGCCGGCUACUGCAUGUACUCCAGCUCGGUGAUCUUCGUGCUCACCGUCGGCACGGGGGUGUACGUGUUCACGCUGGACCCCAUGUACGGCGAGUUCGUGCUGACGCAGGAGAAGUUGCAGAUCCCCAAGGCCGGCAAGAUCUACGCCUUCAACGAGGGCAACUAUGCGCUCUGGGACGACAAGCUGAAGAAGUACAUGGACAGCCUCAAGGAGCCCGGCGACUCAGGGAAGCCUUACUCCGCGCGCUACAUCGGCAGCCUCGUCGGCGAUUUCCACCGCACUCUGCUCUAUGGAGGCAUCUACGGGUACCCCAGGGACAAAAAGAGCAAGAACGGCAAGCUGCGGCUUCUCUACGAGUGCGCGCCCAUGAGCUUCAUCGUCGAGCAGGCCGGUGGCAAGGGCUCUGAUGGCCACCAGAGGAUUCUUGACAUCACACCUACAGAGGUCCACCAAAGAGUGCCUCUGUACAUCGGGAGCGUUGAGGAAGUGGAGAAGGUGGAGAAAUUCCUGGCUUGA